GCUUAGAGUCAGAUGCAGACGGGUCAAGACGCUGACCACAUGACGUUAGCGGGUCCUCACGCACGAGCUGGUUUUGGCCAGACAACUGGACGAACGCUGCAGUCAGAUCAAAGAGUGCCCCUUUCAGAUAGUAUGGACCUAACACUGAGUUUUGGUUCGCAGAAAGGAACAAACUCAGAUAGUGCUAGUCCUCCCGCACAUAAAGCGGACACCACUCGGAGUCCAUCGGCUCAAGAACUGGCCGAGGCAAAGCGAACUAGGCCGCAGCCUCGUAACCCUCACACAAUGACACCCUUCUCCGUGGACGAUAUCUUAGAUCCCGCUAAGUUUAGGGGAACGACUUGCUCCCAUCUACCCUGGUUCCCCGCUAUCCACACGGACUCGGAGCUAGAGCAGGAAGAUGACGAUGAUGACGAGCAGCGUGUGGACGUCGACACUGACCCAGAGAAUGAAGUCUCAAGAGUAUCCAGCACUAACAAUGAAUCGAAUGACCAGCCUGAUAAUAGCGACAAAGCGUCAGAAGGUGACCGCUUGCCAUCAGGAGAUAAAGAAGGAGCAAAAUCUAGCAAGAAGAAGAAGUCCGCCACGAGUGAAAACAAGGCGGGAAAACCUCGCCGAGCUAGGACUGCGUUUACUUACGAACAGCUCGUGGCUCUCGAGAACAAGUUCAAAACAACCCGAUAUUUGUCAGUAUGUGAGCGCUUAAACCUAGCUCUGUCAUUGAGACUUACUGAGACCCAGGUCAAAAUCUGGUUCCAAAACCGGAGAACCAAAUGGAAGAAGCAGAACCCAGGAAUGGACGCCAAUAGCCCUACGAUACCUCCCUCCUCUACAUGUAACCUAUCUAACGGGUACCCAGCCAUGCCGCACUAUCAGCCACCGGCCACGGCUGGACUUUUCUACGGCUCUCAGUUCCCGUACCUUGCGGCAGCCGGCGCUGCCGGUCUCCCAUACGCUAUGCUGUCUCCCGCAUCGGCUGCUCAGCAGUUCGGAGUAGCUCACUCUUACUUUUCACAUCUAGGCCGCUCGUGAAUUUGACGAGAUGACCGCAAAAACUUUAAUGGUGCAAUGUAAACUUAAAUACCCAAUGAAUUAUUUAUGAUUCAUAUGUAAAUAUGUCUCUACCUAUAUAACUACAAAAUCAUCACGGCUCGUUUAUUGGGCUUUCUCGCCGUGUCAGUGAUGUUUUAACUUGAAAGAAGUUAACAAUCAAUAUUUCUUUCUGGACAAAAUACUGCAAGUUUGGUGCCAAAUAAUUCUCGUGUUCUGACAGUUUUUCUUCCCUGGUUGUCAAAUUAUGGCUGCGCAAGUUCCGCAACAACCGACAAGGAACGUUCUUAUACGGCAACAGGUAAUGGCCGUCGUUGACCCCCACCCCCACCCCGCUCUCCCUUGGUUACCCACGUCAUAACCUCCAUGGAGAAAGACGUGAACUCUCUUGAUUUUCAGCGACUUGAUGAGGAUGAUGUGUUUGUAUUAUUUGAAUUAGACCGUUACUAUAGAAACCGACUAACAAAACGGACCUGCACGCCUCGGUAUAAUUACUUAUUUGUGUUAAUUUCGUGACGUAAUAGCCUCUAAGUGUUCCGCUGCCAAUAAAGUAAUCAAGGACGUUUACUUCGGACUGCGCGUGUUUGAUACACUAAACACAGAUGAUUUUAAGAUACACUUUUCAUAUUGUGCAAGUGUUUAGCAAUGUACAAGAUCGUUAAACAUAAAUAAAUCAAAAUAUAUAUGGUUAAAGAAAGAGUGAACCAGCUGUUACUUAAAGGGUAGUUUCCUGACUACCAGUAUGUCAGCAAACAAUACUAUUACCGUGAUCGGAUCUUUAUUUAUAUAUAUAUAGAUAUAAAUGAGUCUGUCUUUUUCUAACUAGUUUUACUUCAUCGGUUUUCUUGCUUUCAAACUUAGCUCCCUGCACACAAAUAAUCUCUUGGCAGAAGUGUUUUUAAAACAUAAAACAGGAUCCAAGCUUCAACAACUUUAGAGAUAUAAAUAUAGCAUUGUGUCUCCCACGCUGUGUAUUUUCAGAAUACGUGUGUUUGUAUUUCGUAGGCUUAUGGGUUCAAAUGCUGCGUUUUCAGAAUACGUGUCUCGUAGAUUGUGGGUUCUAACGCCGUAUUUUAGUGCGUGUUUCACAGGUUUGGGAUUCGAAAGCCAUAUUUUCAGAAUAUUUGGAAUUUCGAUGUUUAAACGUCUAGAACUUAUAAGGUAAUUUUGUACAGCGUCAUUAAUUCUUUUUCCCACAUAGUUAAUUAUGAAAUACCAGUACAAAAAUAGAACGGAGUAUUCUUGAUAACUUUUACAUAAAACAGUUCGACGGUGUGUUUGCAUAAAGUCUGUUGCUAAACUGCCUAUCCAAAUACUCGCACUGAAUUCUCAGUCAGUUAGGCCUAGCUCAUUAAGGUUCACACUAUAUAUGGUGUCCAUAAUGAAGUUUCAUUCAUACUAUAUAUGGUAUCCAUAAUGAAGUUUCACUCAGUUAGUCUUAUCUCAGCAUAGAUGCUAAAUUUGAUGUCAUUCGUUAAACCUAAUUCACACGCUUUGGUACGUACGUUUUCUACCAAAUCUUUUUAUUUUAAGUAUGCUAAAUGCGGUUAAUCAGAAAUACAACAUUAGCACUCUAACGUCCUUUAUACUUGUACAAAACAUACUUAAUGUGUGUUAAUGUGCUCCAUGUGUACACAACGCUUGGUUUUCAGCGUCAUUUAAAAACUUUUGAAGUGAAUAAAAAGGUUGUAUUUUUAGACCUUUGUACGAAAUUUUCCGAGUCCCAAUGGAACGCCGAAGUACAGUACUUAUAGACGAGGGAAAACGCCUAACGGUAGUUAUAGCGUGUUAAAUAACACAACCCAAUCAUCGUACUUGUACUACGUAUACGAAGGUCGAAAGUCAACACAUAUAUAAAGUGCUAUAUAAAACUUCGGUAUAUUUAUUAAAAUCAGAGUUCCAGGAAAAGUUCUCUGUCUUUGGUUAUAGAUUAAAAUACAAUGCAACUGAUAUCUACGUGUCUUUAUCGCACUGGUACUUAUUCUGUGAUUAGCUGUUAGUGAGUCCAUUUCAGUGAUUACUCAUAUAGUUGAUACUUUCUUUUUAAUGAUUUAAAGAACAGAUUGACAUUAAAUUUAACCAUUAUCUUGAAAAAUCACAGUCCAUAAAACGUGUUCAUAGCUACGAGAACUGUUAAUGUUUUCUUUGGCAUAUUCUAUUCAGCAGUUUUUCAGGAAUGUUUCCGACCCUCCAGCUUUGAUGACCCAAUUUCUAAUGAUGAUUUUAUUUGGUUCUCCUGAAACUCGUGUUCCCCUUAUUUGAGGUCUUCCCACUACCCAUAUAAGUUGUGUUCGUAUGACCUGCAUUUUUGUCUAUUUGCUUUUAAGCUAGGAUUGGAACAUGUAAGUUUCAUGCUGAAUAAUAAACGGUAUGUAAUAUCAAUAUUGAAAGUGGUUUUGAUUGAGGACUCGUGUUUUGUUUAGCAGAGUCUCUAAUGUAAGCUCUACUUUGCUGAUGGUAUUGAAAAUUCAGGCCUGUACCAGGCCACGUAGCACCAAGUGGCGCGUGCGACAGCUCCUUUCUGACCUUUUUAAAACAAAAUGAAUAAUUCUUAAAUAAAACCGAUCUCCACUAGCAUCGUACAAACGAUCAUCUAAUAUUGUCUUUUUAAGAUAUUUUCUAAGCUGAUUAUAUAUAUAUAUAUAUAAUUUUUUUUUGCGAAACAUCUUAU